UUAAUUUGGUAAUACUAAUAGUUUAAUAAUUGGUCUAGAAAACAACAUCUCUUAGGAAUGAGCAUGAAGUUCAGAUGAAAGCAUUAAGAUGUCAAUUUGAAGAUGAGUGCAAAAAGCUUCAGGAGGAGUUAAGUCUCCAGAAGACCAAAGAAGACAGACAGAGAGCUCUAUUACAACUGCAGUGGAAGGUCAUGAGUGACAAGCCACAAGAGGAACAAGAAGUGAAUUCGAGAAGGGAUUAUUCCAUUCCUUCAGUUAAGAAGAAUGGUUCUGGUUUUGAGAAAAGAACUCAACAUGCUCUUGUAAGGCCAGAGGAAGAAGAAAAGCAAUCACCAUUCGCAGGUGUAACACAAACACCAGUGUCAAAAUUGUUGAAGAAAGUAGAAAAUACCAACACAGGAAGUGUAAUGAGCAUUCCUAAGCAUCAUAAGAAGGUAACCCACCAUGAAUAUGAAGUUGAAACUUCCAAUGGAAGAACAAUCACAAAACGAAGAAAAAGAAGUACAGUCUUAUUUGAGGAUCCAAGGAAAAAGAAGGUUCGGACACCAAAAACUAAUAAUGCUGGAAGUUUUGUUCAGGAUGGAUAUCAAUUAGCAAAGCAAGUCAGAGACUCAGAAUACACUGGGGUAUCUGGUCAGCACCAUGUCACAAUGGAAGGAGAGUUAGGGCUGGAAGGAUUUGAUUUGGGGAAAUAUCGAAGAAGGAAAUUGGGGAGGCAGUAG